UUACGAAAUAUUUUAUUCCCCUUUUUAGUUAUUCACGAUAUUUAAAACAACAGUUUCUAAAAAAAGAUAUUAAUUAUUGCAAGACUAUGAGGAAAAAUGAAACUUUUAUAUUCAUAAUUUUAAAUUAGAAAAGUACUGCAUUGGGAAUUUUGUUUUCAAAGGGUUGUCAGCGUGUCAGAAAAGUCCCCAAUGUGUUGUAAUUACAUGUUGUAACGAAAUGGUUGCGUGUAUGCGAAAUUGCGAUUUUCACUAAGUAAAUUUUCCUGUAAAUAGUCACUGAUUUCAUUCCCGUUUACCGUUUUGAAUAUAAGUGUUUUAAAAUGUUUCGUUUUGCAGUUUACGUAGUUAUUUUUAUGUUGUCUUUCGGCUCGGAAUUUCUGAAUGAUUUGCAGUCAGUAUUCGGCGAUAAGCAUUGCAUAGACGCAUCUCUGAUUUCAAUUCCUUCAAAAAGAGAUAGUUUCAUCAUGUUGGAAUCAGACAAAGCAUUAGGAGAGCCGCAAAAUGAGUCUAUAAUGGUUACAAAAAAUCUUCAAAAAAGUAUUGUGGCAACAAUUCAUGAGUUAGCUCAAUUCAACGAAAUUGAAUGUUCUUAUACGUUAAAGUCUGAAGAGGGCCCACCUCAUGCAAAAGUUUUUAAAGUCUCUUUAGUUUUGGGCGAUGAAACUUACGAAGGUUCAGGUUCUAGUUUGAAAAAAGCUCAACAAGAAGCAGCAGCUUUAGCUUUUCAAGAGACAUUUUACGAGCAUCCUCCGGAGAAAAUUAAAACACAGCAGGAGAAAUCUUUGACUCCAACAGUUGCACUAAACAAUGUUGCAACCAAACUUGGAAUUGCCGUUUCAUAUUUUUUGCUGAAUGGCAAAGAGGAACAAACGAUUGAUAGUUACGGUGCUGUUGAUGAGAGUUACGGAAAAUCUAAAAGUUUUUCUCCAAAAUGGAACAGUACUUUUGAUCCUUUGAGAGUUGCCGUUGAAGAGGCUCAGAUUUCGGGGCCAUUUGCAGUGAGAGUAAAAGUAGGAGAUUCAGUCUUUGAAGGAUUUGGACAAACAAUUCAAGCAGCACGUCAUGAUGCAGCAUUAAAAGCACUUAAAGACAUGGAAAGACAAGCAUUAUUCAAAGACCACGUGUGUUCUCGUGAAGAUUCGGUGGAAGAAUGUAAAAAAUUAAAAGACAGUGUUAAAUCGCCCAUUGCGCGUGUUCACGAAGCGGCACAAAUUAGUAACUUGCCUGUCGAAUUUAAUGUCAUCAGUGAAUCGGGAAAAUCGCAUAAAAAACGUUUCAUUACUGAAUGCAAGUUAGGUGAUUUUGUAACUGAAGGYGAGGGUAGAUCUAAAAAAGAGUCAAAACGUGAAGCAGCUGAGAGAAUGUUGGAGUUUUUACCACAGCUGCAAGACAAUUUCAACGAGAAAGGUAUCAUCAAUGGUCUAAAAAACAAGAAAAAGAAGAAUAAGAAGAAAAAUAAAGUAAAGAAGGAAAAUGUGGUUACUUUGAUGAACAGUAUUGAUAGUGUCGUGUCUUCUUUUUGGCAGACUGAUGACUCAUUAAGUGAAAAUUCAAACAUUCCCAAACAAUUUAAAACUAAAGCAUCGUCCUCAAAGUCGACUUAUACCUCGCCGAAAAAUAAGAUUCUGGAAAUAGGCAAUAAGCUUAAUAUUGAUAUUGGGUUUAUUGAUCUUGGAAAACAGGAAAAUCAUUAUUACUCAUUGGUAUCUUUAGGACUACAUCCUCCACAUGUGUGUUUGGGUAAAGCCACUGUUCAGAAACAAGCACACGAAGAUGCAGCUUUACAUGGCUUACAACUUUUACGAAAAACUGGGAUUUUAGACAAAACUGUUUUUUCUAAAGAAAGUAAACACUUUGAAGAGGAUUUUGAGGUGGAGAAUGAAGAAACCUUCAGAGUUUUUGAUGAUUUUGAGGAGAAAUAAAGAUAGAGAGAGUUAGAUAAGAAUUACUCAGUUUCAAACGGAAUGUUAUUGUUAAGUUCCUUUUUUGAAUGUUUUGUUUCAUUUUUUUUUACUGUUUCCAAUAAACGUUUUUUUUGAUA